AUGGUGAGCUAACGAUCAGAGCACACCUGAGCAUGUGCAGAGUGCAUGUGCUGCAUCACUGAGCAACUUCCCAGCCCCGUUUAAUUUGUCUCAGCCAUUUCUAUACAGCUUGAUUGCCACUGUCUCUAAGCAGUGUGCAAAGUACAAUGAAAAAGAGUGGAAAAUAUAAAAUAAGCCUGCAAGCAUGAUGAUGAUGUCUUCAGUAGGUUCAACAGGGAGAAGGGCCCGUCUGACCACAAUCUGGAAGGGAGUUCCAUAAAAUUGGGCCCACAAUGGAGUGCUUUAUAUCCCACCUUUACGCCAAGGAGCUCCAGGUUCUCCCCUUCCUCUUAUAAUCCCCAGAACAACCACCCUGUGAGGUCGGCUAGGCAGAGCCCGUGACUGGCUCAAGGUCACCAGUGAGCUUCAUGCCCAAGAGGGGAUUUGAACCCUGGCCUCCCGGGUCCUGGUCCCACACUCUAACCACUACAAUACACUGUCUCUCAGCAAAAUCGGGAGUGGGCGUCCAUCUUUAAAUGGUGUUCUCUGGGACAGGAGAACCUAAGUGGGGGAUGUUUGGCUCAACUCUACCAGACACAGAUGUUGUUGCGCAAGAUCUCCUCGCAAAAAAAGAGAAUGUUUUAAAGCUACUUUUUUUAGGAAAUUUGCCAAAAAAACCCACAACACUGCUGAUUCGAGCCGCCAUAUGUCCUGAUUUUUCUGGACAUUUUAACCGAUUUUUGAAAAUUCUGCCAGGACGCUAUUUUCAAGAGACAAAUCCUGGGAAAUUUCGUAUGUAUGACAGCCCAAUAAUAUAGGCGUGCUCACAGCGGAGGGGGAAAGAUGGGUUUGAGAUCCACCCCUUGUUUAGAAAGGUACAAGGACACCGUGGAAAAUGAGUGCCAGAAAUGUUCAUUUAAGUCGGGAUUGCUGAUGUGUCAGCCUGAGGGUGCUGAUAUACCCACUAGGACCUCCUGUGGUGCCUGCAAAAGAAGACCUUCCGCUGGAGCCAGAACCUCACCAGGCACUGGAGCAUCCACACCGGGGAGAAGCCGUACAAGUGCUCCGACUACAGGAGCAGCUUCAACCGGAGCCAGAACCUCAUCACACAUCGGAGAAUCCACACGGGAGAGAAGCCGUACAAGUGCUUGGACUGCGGGAGCACCUUCAACCAGAGCCAGAGCCUGAUCACGCACCAGAAGACGCACGCGGGAGAAGCUGUACAUCUGCUCAGACUGCGGGAAGACCUUCAACCGGAGCCAGAGCCUCAUUGCUCAUCAGAGACUCCACACGGGGGAGAAACUCUACAUGCUCCGGAUGAAAGGAGAGCUCGCGGGGGAAAUGCAGUGUGGAUUCGCACACUGCAGACAUAG